AUGUGCAUUACUCAGAUGAUUCUUCUGAAGUUCACAUACAAUGUUCCUUUUUGGCUUCUUGGCGCGGUUUGCAUCGUGUCCAUUAGAGCGAUCAAAAGAGCUUUAUUGGGCUUAUUCAUCGUCAUUCUUGCUUCCGCUAGCGUUGUGGUAGCUGCCAUUGUAGGAGCCGUGGAAGGUCACACCACAGACAUUGGAAUUCUUCAAGGCGGUUUGCUAGGAGUUGUGGCUGGAGUUAUCACUGCGGUCCAACUCUUUGGACUGAUGCUACAUGCUGAUCAACCUUUGUCUAAGGUUGCUUUACUGAGGAGAGUGGUGAAUGGGAAAGCCAUCAUGGGAUUGGUUAGACCGGUUGUGCUCAAAGCAUAUCAAUGGCAAAUAAUGGCAUUGGACACAAACUAUAUGGAGAGAUCAGACAUGUAUGACUAUAACCAAGAAAUUACAAAAGGGUUAUCGAGGAACUCUAUUCAGAAAAUCCCAACGUUUAACAGUUGUUCAGGUCAUCAAACAAUUUCGAGUUGUUCGAUCUGCUUACAGGAUUGGGAAGAAGGAGAGUUAGGAAGAAAGCUAGAGAGAUGUGGCCACACAUUUCAUAAGAUUUGCAUUGAUGAGUGGUUGAUUAGGCAAGAGACUUGUCCCAUUUGUAGAGACCAUCUCUCAUAUUACACUUGUACAUGA